UACCCACCUAAGUAUAUUAGCGGUACUAGUUGUAAUCGUAGUAGUAGUAGUAAGCGUUUAUGUUGGUAAUUUUGAUUUAUAAUUAAUUAUUUUUAUUACAGUAGGCAGAAAGUACAAAAGAACAGGAAAUUGAGGUGCGACAAAAUGGUUUCGGAGAAUGUUGAGGGCAAAAUCACUUUUUUCCUUUAACAUUCUACGGCAGAUGUUACGUAUAUUUUCUUAGUGUUUAUUAUGGAAUUAUUUUUGUUAACGUAGGGUCAAUUCGAAAGUGGAAUUAUAUGGGGUGAGCGAGGUUUUCUUUUCGGAACCACUUUGCGGUGUUUCGUGAUUUUUCCUUGUAUUCGAACGCGACGUAAGAUGGCGCGACUGUCGACCUAACUAGAUCAAGUUAGGUCAAGUCAAGAUGGCGGACAAUCGAUUUUUCCGGCAGGUCGGAGACGCGAUUAUUUUUCGAAUCCUCUUCUAAUGUUCUCCAGUGGCCGUGUGGGUUCCUCAAAAUUGGACAAAGUUUAUUUAAGUCGUAGGACACGUCGCUUUUAGUUUGCUGGAAUUUUAUUUUGAGUCGUGAACGAUUCGAUUUCGGGAAAGGGUCGUGAUAACUGGAUCCGCAUCAACGUGGACGAAGUUCCUGUACGAUUCCUUAUUGUUUGAUGAUCCUCUCGAAAAAAGAAGCGCACGUCUAGAUGAGUGGCAAAAAGGAAGAGCACAGCUGCGUGCUGUGCGAUUCGAAAUUGGAAUCCAAGGAGGCCUUGCAAAAACACUUUAGGAAACAUGCUAAUAAGGAAAUAGAUACUCGUGGACGGCCUGUGAAGAAGUCGAAGACCGAUGAUGCAAAUUGUGACAUAUGUGGCCAGUCCUUUGAUACAAUUACACAGACGAUAAGACAUAGAUUCAAAAUGCAUCCGAAUUCUCCAACAAAAUUCUAUUGUCAUCAUUGCGGCAAGCAAUUUCCUUUAAAGACACACAGGGACAGUCAUCUUGCUUCGCACGAUCCAUUGGAGGACUACAGGAAAGAGGAUCACAGGAAAUGUGCAGAUUGUGAUGUUUGGUUUACUAACCAAAAAGCAAUGGAUUACCAUUAUCGUUCUGUGCACAAAAGAAUCGUGCGGUUAUUUCAACCGAUAGCUACGCCACCACCGAGUAAUAAAAUCAAAGUGAAUUCUAUGAAUGAUGCACUGAGUGUCUAUUACUGCCACCUCUGUGGUACGGAGUACGUGGUAAAAUUCAAUUUACAGCAGCAUUUAGAAAAAGCGCAUACGAAGGAAGAGAGAGAAGCAGUACCCGAAGAUUUAAUCAAGUGUACUAUGUGUGCUGCAUUAUUUUGUAGUAAAAAGGCUUAUGAAGCUCACAAUAAUUACCAUCAACCAGAUGAUUUAUAUGUAACAUCCGAAGAGCAGAGGUUACAAACGGUUACUAAAGUCGACCAAGACUUUGAUAUUAGAAGAGUGGAAACGGUAGCGGAUAAGUAUGUGCCGAAAACUAAUCUGCCCAAAAGGGUAGCUAAGCCUCAGCCAAAGGUAAGGAAACAUCGAAAAGUCCAACAAAGCAACAAAGCACAACGGAACGAAGAAAAUGAUGAUCACGAUUACUCAUCCUCUGAUGACAAUCCUGGAGAGUCAAAGGAUUCCAGUGACUCGGAGAGCGAUUCUCCUCUGCUGCACAGGUUAAAUUCGAGCUAACGGGAUUUUAUUUAUUAAUCAAGAUUUACCAUAUUAAGGAACGUAUUAUAUUGUACUUUAAAAAAAAAUACUGCCAUAAGCUUGCCUCUAUCUUCACUCAUUUGAUGAUAACUCUUUCUCCUUUUCGAUGGGUACUUUCUUAAGCAUUUACAUCAACAUUUAUACAUUGAGAUUUAUCUUCUCUACUAUUACAAAGUAGUAAAAAUAAAUCUGAUAUAUUUUCUGUU